UACUGGGAACACCUGUGAGGGAAGGAGUGGUGGUCUUAUCCUGUGAAGUCUGCCUUUGUUCCUCAACAACCUCCGGCUUUGGGCUCAGCUGGUAAAUCGGGAGGAUGAGGCGCAUCCCGUCUAAUUUAAUCUUCACCACUGGACUGUUGAUGGGAUUUUUCUGCCUUCGGUUUGUAUUUGACUCGAACUUUUCACCACAACAGCGUGAUGUCAGACCCGCUUCACAGCCGGUCCACAAAGGUGAGAACAACAGCUCAGCAGCUAAUGUUUCCCAAACAACACGGGUCUUAUGUUGGAUCAUGACGGGACCCAAGUACAUGGAAUCCAGAACCAAGCACAUCAGAGAAACGUGGGCCAAGCGCUGCAACAAAGUGCUGUACAUGAGCUCUGUCAAGACUGACUUCCCCACUGUGGAGCUGAAUGUGAGUGAGGGGAGGGACAACCUGUACUGGAAGACCAUUCGUGCUUUCCAGUACAUACACCAACACCACCUGGAUGAAGCAGACUGGUUCCUGAAAGCGGAUGAUGACACAUUUGUGGUCGUGGAGAAUCUCCGCUACACCUUGUCCAAAUAUGACCCAGAGAAGCCUUUGUACCUGGGCAGAAGAUUUGCCCCUUUCAUCAGCCAAGGCUACAUGAGUGGAGGAGCAGGUUACGUCCUCAGUAAGGAAGCACUGAGGAGAUUUGUGAAAGGCUUUGACACCGGGGAAUGUACACACUUCUCCACCAUAGAGGACAUGGCGCUGGGGAAAUGUAUGGAGACUAUGAAGGUGGCGCCAGCAGACUCCAGAGACAUGAAGGGGAGACAAACGUUUCAUCCUUAUCCACCAGACCAUUACCUGGUCAGACAGCCCCCAAGACCACGGCCUUGGUAUCUGCUGUAUGAUCACUACACUCCAGUAGAGGGUCCAGGUUGCUGCUCCGACUUCGCUGUGUCCUUUCAUUACAUCUACUCUGUGCAGAUGUAUGUGUUGCAUUACCUGACCUACCAUCUGCGGCCAUAUGGAUACAAAUACAGAUUCAGUCCUGAUGAAAACACUGCACUUAACUCCACAACUAAGUCCAUAUAAAACCUGUACACUAAGUAUAACAUCUUUUUGUUGUUAAAUACCUGUUGUUUCCCUCAACCUGCACAACUGUGAAAACCUUGCUUAUGAUGUUUGGGGUGUCAGUGGAUCUGUUUUACUAAACUGCCAUUUUGUGUGUAUGAAGAAAUGUAAUUGAUAAUGUCUUCAAUCAAUCUUCCUUCCUUAUUUCUGUGUUUUACAACUUGCAUUUUACUUGAAGGGUGUCUCUUAUAAACAUGUAUAUACUGUAUAUUCUGUGUUGAAACUACUGUAAAAAGCUAUAAUAAAUAAAAGCUAUAUAGCUGGACAGCAACAAGGGGUAAACCACACAAACAUUGUGACAGUUGGAGUCUAUGGGUGAAAUAUUGGGGAGAUAUCUCAAAGACAGAAAAAAAAUAAAACAGUUUAUUUUGUACUGGCUGCCAAAAUAAAGAAAACAUACAUACAUCGGUACACAUUCUUAUAUAUUAGUUUGGAUCUCAUCUCACUGGCAGAAUACACCACCAGCAGAACUGUAGCUUUGCCCUGAUACGUAUAUGAUUUGUUGUUAUUCUCUAAGUUGACACUGUGAAUGACAAAGCACUGGAAUGAUUGGACAGUUAUGAUCGACACUUAAAGAACUAGUUUGACAUUUUGGGAAAUGCACUUAGUCACUGUCUUUCCAUGGGUUGGAUGAGGAGAUUGAUACUGUUCUUAUGCUUGUAUGAUAGAAGUGAAGAUCUUUAAAAGACUACAAGACUUCUCACUUGCACUUAUGAGUUAUAUGUAUAGUCAUCUUAUUGUCUACCUGGUUUUGUAUCUGAAUUUACAUUUAAAUAUACAUACUGAUCAUAGUUUAUGUAAACAUGUCUACCUGUUUAUGCGAAUACAUAUGUGACUAUAUUUAAAUCACUCAAAUUUUGCAUCUCUGCAUAUCUCUGUAUUAAUAUUUCUUUGUUAUUUAUUUUAUUUCUCUGUGGUAUUCUGGUGGGACUGUAAUCACAACAUAUACAGUGUGCUUCUGACCUGUGGAACUCUACUGUCACUACACAGCCAGAGGCUUCAGCUCAGCCUCUAGCUGAGUUGCACUUUUGAAAAAGGUUACUGAAAUGGGCAAUUUUUAAGAAAUUAUAUUUCAUUUAUUGAACAUUUUUGUUUAACAUAUUUUUCUAUUCCUCCUGGUACUUUUACAGCAUUGAACAAUAAAAGAAUACAUAUUUUACAAUCAAGUGUGUCUCUAUUGAUACAACAUUCUUUAUAAUAGAGAUUAAAGGAUUUUGUUAAGAUUAACUAUAAAAGUUAAGUAAUAAACACUGAAGUAACUACAACAUCAUGUAAAAAUACCAUAAACAGGUUAAGAACUGUCUGUCUGGUUAAAGAAAGGCCCUAAAGGCACCACUGACCUACAAACACUGACCCACAGAAACAAUAUAUAACAAAAGACAAACCCCACAAUUUAAUACCCUAAAAUAAAACAUGUUUUAUAAACUGCUGGCUCCAUAAACUGCGUCUAUAACAACAGGAAAUUGACUAUAUUCACAUUGCAGGUGAAAGUGCCUCAAUUCUGAUUUUCUUUUUCACAUGGUAGAAGUUUGGUAAUAAUACAAUUUAAAGAUGGUAACUGUUUAAAAUCGGUUGUCAUAGUAACUGACAGAAACCUGUAUGUAAAGUAUGAGUCCCGCAACAACCUGCAUGGAAUAGAUGGCAUUUGCAGAUGGUGAUGUAAGGUUUGAAUUCAUUUUUGUUUGUCCACUGUACUGAAACAUGGCACCUGGUAUUCUGUAGCUGCCUCUGCCCCCAUGAUGCACUGUGACACAUCCAGUGACAGAGGUCUGCACACCUCCAUCAUUACUCUGCUCUUGAUUUACACUUCAUCUACUUUGCGUGUUUCCAUUUUCGCACUUUUUACCACACUGUGAUUCUAAGUUGCACAUUACUUUUUACUUUUUGCACAUUUUUCUAUCCACUUCCACUGUCCACUAAUGUUUAGUAUUAUCAGUAUUUAGGGUUCAUUUGUUAAAUCAUCAUAAAUCUCAGUGUAUUUGUACUUAUGGAAGAAGUGUGGAGCAACCAGCUACGCAAACUGAGCCAAACUGAGCAAUCAGCAGAGAGGGGCCUUGGUAAGAGUCCUGGUUGUUCCAGACUUCUUCAUGUCAGAUGGAGGACACUGUGCUUCUUCUUCCUUCAACCUGUAGCAAGAAUGUUUUGAGACCUUAUAUAGACAGGUGUGUGUCUUUCCACAUGUCCAGUCAGCUGAGUUUACCACAGGUGGACUCCAGUCAAGGUGAAGAAACAUCUCAGAGAUGAUCCAGAGAAAUGGAGGAACGUGAGUUACAGUAAAGUGUUUGAAUAUUUAUGUCAAUGUGAUAUUUCAUUUUUAUCUUUUUAAUACAUUUGAAAAUAUGAUUGUUUUUCUUUCUAUGAGGCUGCAACAAAAAGUGAAGGGGUCUAAAUACGAACUGUGUGUUCAGGGUAAAUGAUUAUAAUCACAUGAAGUGUCCUGGGGUCUGUAUCAUGAUGUGAGUUUAAUACGUCGUCCAGCUUAACUCAGGUAGCACUAAACUGACUCACUUUGGACAGGGUUAGAUCACCAUGGUAACGUAUGCUACAGAGCAGGUUACCUGAUCAGGAUGCCGACAGCCCGACCACUGACCAAACAGAUGUUGUUACAGAUAAACAGAAUGAUAAUUAAACAGGAAUAGUUCUCAGCACUCACACAGACUAAUACAUGGUCAUUAUAGCUGUAAAUUAAUUGUACACGCUGUUAAUUAGCUCUAAGUUUAAUAAAAAUAUUUAGUCAGAUAGACCAGGCAUGAAUUUCUCUUCUUCAGUUUGUAAGUGUAUCAGUUUUUUUUAGGUAUUAUGAAACAACAAGAAAAGCUAGAUGUAACUAGAAAAUUAAUUAUUAGUCUAGACUACUUGAAAAGGUCAACUAUGUUUAAAAAGGUCAAUUUAAUUAUUCCCACACUAAUAUUGGGAUAUUUCUACUUUUCUUACAGCUGUUCUAUUCAUGUUGCAUUAUCAUACUGUGUCAUGUUUAUCAUUUUAUAUUAGAGUAACUACAGUCGUGGUGCUGAAGAUGUGAUGGCCUGUAAUUAAGAACUCUGACCUUCAGGGGUCCCCUAUAAAACUCAGAGUUAACUGAGCCAGUUAUCAGUUAUCCAGGAUCGCCACUGUAACUCAGAGAGUAACAGGCUGACGCCAUGU